CGGAUUUCACGUUCUACAAGAGACGCUGACAAGUAUACAGCGGACCAUGAAGGAACAUGAUCUACAAUGUAACGGUGCGUUCAACUGCAUGGUGGAACCAGGCACGAAUGAUUCGAUUAUUGGUGUUUGUGAUAUUUGUGAUCUAUGGGCAGUGUUCUGAUACGAUCUCUGUGUCAAAUCAUAUUUUUCUUUUCCCGCGUUAUGUCAAAUUUUUGUUUUUCCAUUUCUUCCUUUCCUUGUCCUUUUAAGUUGUGCAAAGUAACUGGGUUCAUUCAAGGAAUACUACGUUGUAGAGUAUUUGUAUACAAUGAUCUGCAAUAUGACCGACAUUUUGAAUGACAUGAUCAUGUCGCGCCAUGUACCAACGGAGAUUCGACAAGACAUUGCUCGUGAUGAUGUUGAAUGUAUCGUGACAGCGCUGAAAAGCAAAGCUGCCAUGUGUGAAAAGGCAUACACUGGAGCUAAAGUAGAUCGUAGCCAUGUCGAUGCGACCAACGAGGAAUUUUAUGCAUUGUUGCUCGAUACACUGCAACAGGCUAUUCACAACAGGGCACCAGUGAUCUAUAUCAUUCUGCAAUGCGUACUUGAUGUGUUGGUAGAAUCAGACGUUUUUCGUCUUUUUAGGAAAGAAUUCCUUAAUCGCUUUGCCUUUGAGAUUGUGGAUCUCUUAUAUCCAUUUCUGAUGACGAUGGAUCCAAAAAAUACGUCCCUCAGUACCGAAUUGCGCACCAUGACGAUAAAGUUGCUGGACAAUAUCGCGUUAUCCAUGUCGGUCAAGGAACUACAAAUGUUAGCCACUGGGAAGUUAUGCAUGAUGGAAUGGAGCGCAGCUGCAGACAAUGAGGAACAAUCAGUGCAGGAGACUGUCGAGUUUGUUCAAGUGAUGUCCAUGUUUUCUAAAGAUCCGCCAAUUAUAAAGUGCAUCUGCUACUUGAUCCGAUUCAUUACAGUGGGGCCGCUUUGAAGUUUGCAGGAACAGUGUUGCGCGACCACGCGUCAUUUGGCUCGGCGGAGCGGUCUCACAAUCGAUGGGAUGAUAUCGUACUUUGCAUCACCCUUACCGUUCUACGCUUUAUGAAAUCUUUUACCCCAAACACUGACAUGUCACAUAUCAGCAGUCGUAUCUUCUCAAAUAUCAGCAAAGGCAAUAGCAAUGAACAACGGCAAUACUUGGCAAUGUACCUGAUCAGUAU